AUGGCUCUUAUUCUGUCUCACCAGUCCCACCCUUUCAAUAAAUACCUCGUUCCUUCCUUCUUAUUUUACAUAGUUUCUAUGACUAUGGAUCUUCAUUUGAGUCUAGCUCUCUCAAAUUCUCAUGCUCACAACGCUGCUAGCAAGACUCACUUCCCUAAUAACAAACCUAGUUUUCCUCAACUCUUGGAACAUGCAGCAGAAACAUCUAGUAGCACCAACGGAUCAGAUGUUAUGCUUCCUACUCUUUCUCUCCUCCCAUUAACUCCUGGCCAUUCAGAUCAUCAUGAUCUUCAACACUGCAUUCACACUUCCACUUCCACCAUCACCAAGACUAGUAACGAUGAGGAUGAUGAAGAAGUUCUUGUUGCGUCAAGGAAUUACGUGAAGGUGAAGAUGGAGGGUGUAGGAAUAGCUAGAAAAGUUAAUCUUAGCAGGCAUAAUUCAUUUCACACUCUUAACCAAACUUUGUUGGACAUGUUUGGAAAAAGUGAUGAUGAUCAAAAAUAUGAACUGGUUUAUCAAGACAAAGAAGGUGAUUGGAUUCUUGCUCAAGAUGUUUCAUGGAGGUAUUUCGUAGAGUGUGCCCAACGCCUUAAAUUGCUCAAGAGCAGAGGAUAA